AUGGAAGAUAGUAAUACAAAUAAAGAUAUAAAUACAAACAUAACCAAUGAUGAUGAUGAUAAUAAAAAUAUAAAUAAUAAUAAUAAUAACACAGAAGAAGAUGUAACAGUAGAAAGAAUUUUAGAAAGAAAACAAAAAGAAAGAGAGAGUAAAUUAGCAUCAAUGAUGAGUCAUUAUCAUCAAAAAUAUUCAUCACCAUCUUCAUUACUAUCUUCACCAAUUUCAUCAAAUGAUAAUAAUAAUAAUAAUAAUAAUAAUAAUAAUGAAUCAUUUGAUAUUAAUAAUACAAGUUAUAAUGGUCAAGAUGAUCAAGAUGAAAUGGAUGAUUUUGAAAGUGAAGAAUAUAAACAAAUUUUAUUAAAAAGAAAAGCGGCAUUAGCAGCUAAAAAGAAGGAAUCAUUAGCUGAACAAAUGAAAAAAUAUAAUCAACAAUAUGAUAGUAUCAUAUCUGGUGUAAAUACAAUACUUUCACCACCACCUUCGUCAACUACUUCAAAUUCAUCAACAAGUAAUAAUAGUAGUUUAAACGUUUCACCUGUAUUAUUCUCAACAACAUCAUCUUCAAAAUUACAAUCUUUAAAUAAUAAUACUUCACCUUCAACUUCUUCUUCAAAUUUAAUUGAUUCUACAAAUGUACAAACUACCUCUACAACAACAGCAGCAACAUCAACAUCAACACAAUUUACAAAUACAAAUAUAAAUACAAAUUCAAAUACAUUAAUAGAGAAUUCAUUAAAAAUAUCGAAUGAAAAUAAUAAUGAAUUAAAUGAACAACUACAACAACAAUUUAUUUUACAACAAGAACAACUUAGAGAACAAGAAGAAUUAAAAGAAAAAUUACAACAACAAGAAAUUGAAAGAAUGCAAACUGAAAGAAAGGAAAGAGAAUUACAACAACAAAAAGAAUUAAUUAAAAAUGCUACAUUAGAUAAUCAACAACAACAACAACAACAACCACAACUAGAAUUACAACAACAACAAUCACAACCACAACAACCAAUAUUACUUCCACCAUUAAUAUUUGAAACAAAUGAUAUACCACUUUUAACAAAUGUUGGCUUUGCAACUUUAAAAAAUAUUGAAUGUAAUGCCAUUAAAUGUUCAGAAGAAGUUGUUUUAUUAACUAAAACAUUACAUCAAAGUUUAUCAACUAUAACAAAAAUAUCAAUUGAAUUGUUUGAAACUUUUAAUGGAUCAACAGAAGUAACAUGUAAUGCAAUUGGAUACUCUGUUAAUGAAACUAAAACAAUGAUUGAUAAAUGUUUCGAAUUGAAUAAUCAUACGAAAUCAGUGAUUUCACUUCAUCAAAAGAUUAAAACUGUUAGAGAUCAAUUGGAUAAAUUUGAUCAAAUAAUACAUAACGCAAUUAAACAAAUGAAUAAAACUUAA